GCCGAUAGAAAAAAAUGCUUUGUUUUCUCUCGUUUGGAUGAGGACCACACCACGGACUUUUCUGGACCAGGCAAAACUCAGAUUCCGCUCAACUAUUGAAUCCGACCAUAACUGCAUACCAAUUUACUAAUGACAAUGAUGGAUUUACACCGAUCGACGCAUUUAUUGGGAUAGUGAAGGAAUGCGAGCACCAGUAGAUUUGGGUUGUAAUUGUCCUUCACAUUGCGAUAUAAAUUAGAGUUGAGCCGACUGUGCGUCUAGCCAUUUCAUUAUGUCAGGAAUAUCAAUCUUAGCAUUUGUGAUGAUAUAUAUUCUAUCGUAUGGAUAUUAUGUCGUAGCAAGUGUCGAGUCUGCGAGGGAUGAGUGGAAUUUUGAGUCCGUAAAUCUGAAUGUGGACCUCUCUCGAGUACUCAAGAAAGUGAAUGAACGUUUUUUGUCUGUUGCCAUAGACGCGAGUCUAGUCGCCGAAGAGAAGUUCAUGUACCUUUUAACGACUUGUUAUACAUCCCGAAUGCUUAGCAGGACAGGAAAAUGGUCAGAUUCACGCACUCAUAAAGAGAACAACCCUGGUCACACACAAGCACUUCGUUUGUCUCCAAAGCUGAGGACAUUGGCAAAAGCUUUGACUCCAGCAUUUCUGAGAUUUGGAGGGACAAGACAAGAUUUCAUGACCUUCAACCCAACAUUUUUACAUUCAAACGAGAAUCACAAAAACUCUGUGUUUGAUGCAGAUGACAUAUGUGAAAGGCUGGAGCUGCCUCCACUACUGGAAAAGAGGCUGAAGCAGGAAUGGACUCUACAGGAAAUACUUCUCGACAAGGAGGACUUGCAGGGGAAGUAUAGGAGUGUAAAGUUCACAGAGUGUGCAGUGGAUCUGCUCUACUCUUUUACCAACUGCUCUGGAUUAGACCUCAUCUUUGGGCUCAACGAGCUGCUCAGGACCUCUGGGAACUCCUGGGACAGCAGCAAUGCCAGGACCCUCCUACAGUACUGUGAAUCUAAACAGUACAGCAUGUCCUGGGAGCUGGGCAAUGAGCCCAACAGCUAUGAGAAGAAGGCAGGGAUCAGGGUGGAUGGAUAUCAGCUCGGCCAAGAUUUUGUUCAACUCCGCAAGAUUCUGCAGGAAUCCAAACUUUACCGUAACACUGGACUCUAUGGACCAGACAUUAGCCAACCCCGGGACCACCGGAGAGACUUACUGGAGGGGUUCUUGGAGAGUGGGGCAGAAGCAAUUGAUGCAUGCACCUGGCACCAUUAUUAUGUCAAUGGAAGAGACACGUCUCUAGAAGAUUUCCUAGACCCUGAGGUGCUAAACACGUUGGCCUUAAAAACACAUGAAGUCAUGGAGACCAUUGAGCUGACCUCCCCUGGGAAGAAGGUGUGGCUUGGAGAGACUAGUUCUGCCUAUGGAGGCGGGGCUAAGGGCCUGUCUGACACAUUUGUCGCUGGAUUCAUGUGGCUGGAUAAACUGGGCCUGGGUGCGAAGCUCGGAUUGGAUGUUCUCAUCAGACAGGUUUUGAUUGGAUCUGGGACUUACCACCUGGUAGAUGAGAACCUUGAUCCACUUCCUGAUUACUGGCUAUCAGUUCUGUACAAGAGGCUUGUUGGACCAGAGGUGCUGAGUAUAGAAGCCUUUUCCAUUUUGGGAAAGACGAAAAGAGUACGGGUCUACCUGCACUGCACUAACAAGAAAAGCACAAGCUACAAAAGUGGAGCAGUCACAUUGUUUGCUCUGAACCUGAGUAAGGGCCUUGCGAGGAUCUCUGUGCCUGUUACAAUCUCUAACAGUACCGGCGAGGCCUUCCUUCUACAGUCUGAACAGCCUGGCGAGGAGGGACUCUACUCCAAGUCUGUGAAACUCAACGGAGAGGUGUUGAAGAUGGUGGAUGAAAGAACACUUCCAACGCUCCAGGGAACUCCUCUUCCUGCAGGAGAACAUCUCAGACUCCCUGGUUAUUCCUUUGCCUUCUAUGUCCUCAGCGAGGCCCAGGCGCUGGCCUGCCGAUGACCCCAAUUGGAGAGGAGGACUUUGAGAAGAUGGAGGUAAACUCACUGUCUAAACUAAGAGAAGGAAAUACUGUACUUGACUAUUGCACUAAACACAGCUGUAUGACUUUGCCAAAGAAUGUAAACCAAGUAAAUGUGGUGAAAGGAUUUGAUCGUCUUUGGAAAUAACUAUUCAUCUACAUGUAUUACAUUUUUGUAUAUUUUUCCAACAUGUAUAAAUAGUCUUAGUACAUUGUGAGUAGGGUUUUAAAAUUUCAGAGGACUCAUACGGUUUCAGUCUGUGUCACUUAAAUGCAAUACUUGUUGUACGUAAAUUAUGUUUCAUAUUUGAUGCCAAAAACGUUAGACUUAAUUCAACUUGUUUACGCUCUGGUUACUUGAUUUUCUACUCAGUAAUGUUAAGUAGUUGAAUUGUGCAAUUUUCUAUUUUGGUACACUGGGAUACAAGUCUUUUAUAAACUUUUUGUGUGUGAUAUAUUUGUACAACAUAAUUUGGAUGAGAAAAUAAAUACAGUAAUGAAUUCAAAGCAUGUAAUGCUUUACAUGGUUUAUAUUUUUUGGUUUUAUAUUCUCAGUAUAUACAUAUUUAACUUCGGCUGAAUCCGAGAGAGGCAGCAAUGCAGCGUGUUAUUCACAUUUCAAACACCGAUCAACCAGUAGCACCAUCAGCACCUGUCUGGUUGUCACGCCCUGGUCGAAGUAUUUUGUGUUUAUCUUUAUUUAUUUGGUCAGGCCAGGGUGUGGCAUGGGUUUUUGUAUGUGGUGUGUAAUUAUGGGGGAUUGUAGCUAGUGGGGUGUUCUAGAUAAGUCUAUGGCUGUCUGAAGUGGUUCUCAAUCAGAGGCAGGUGUUUAUCGUUGUCUCUGAUUGGGAACCAUAUUUAGGCAGCCAUAUUCUUUGGUUGUAUUGUGGGUGAUUGUCCUUAGUGUCUUGAUGUCCUGAGUCUGUGUUAGUUUGCACCAGUUUAGGCUGUUUCGGUUUUCAUUACGUUUAUUGUUUUGUUGAGUUUGCGUUUUGAUUCGUGUUACGUUGUUUUAUUAAACAUGGAUCGAAAUCUA